UUUUUAUAUAAAAAAGUCCUGAACGAUGCAAGAGGCAUAAAAACUUAUUUUUUUCUAGUUUCACAAAUUGUUCCAACUUGUGGCAAAACAAUGGCAGGAGCUGAAAUUAAACGACGAACUGCACAUUCUAGAGGAAACCGUCAUGCAAGGCAACAGAAUGGCGCAAUUUUACCAUAACACUUUAGUAUCUUUUAUGGGAUUGUUCUUGCUGGUGCCACUAACUUCUCCAAUUCUCGAUAUUGUUCAUCCAAUAAACGGGACUCGAACACGCCAACAACUACUAAGGGUUAAUUACAUAUUUUUUAACGGUGGUGAUUAUUUUUUCUACAUAUACGUGCAAUUAUUUUGUGCAGCAGCUGUUGUUGUGUUCACCAUAAUUAGUGCAGACUGGUUAUACAUGCUAAUAAUUCAUCACGCCAGUGGAUUAUUUGCAGUCUGUGGACACCGAGUUCAAAAAGCAACUGUGAAUCCAAACAACUCUACUGGUACAGCUGUUUCUGAGAAUUACACGUAUGAAAAGAUCCGGAAUUGUGCGAUAAUGCACAGUGAAGCCAUACUAUUUUACAAUAUAUUGAACGGAAGCAGUCAAGGUAGUUACUUAAUUCAGGUUGGAUUGAAUAUGUUGGGAAUAAGCGUGACAGCUGUCCAAGUAAAGUAUAAUCUUGAAAAUGGCAACAAAUACAAACUGAAAAUAAUUCUAUAUAAAUAAUUGUUUUACUUAAUAUUUCAGAUAAUAGUAAACUUAGAUAGACCGGAGGAAGCAAUGCGAAGUGCAGCAUUUUGUGGGGCUAGUCAGUUUCAUUUGUUUCUACUCAGCUUACCUGGCCAGGUUCUCCUGGAUCAUUGCUCUGA